AUCCUUUCAGGGUGGAAAAGGAAGUUGUUCGCUGACGGUGCCCGGCGCGCCCAUCCUUUCUGGAGGGAGCCCGUGUUUGCCUCUGGCUGCUCCUUCAAAGAAGUGUCGAAAGCUUUGGAGAGUUUGCACGCACACGCAGGCACGUUCUUGUCGGUCCUCGUGUCACGCACCGAACAGGUUUUGGGCUUGUCUCUCUCCCCCGCGCGGAAAGGAAAGGUAGAAAGGAGAAGGAGGAGGAGGAGGAGGCAGCGUCUUCUAAGGAAAUGAGCAAACCAGCUUAGCAGGAAGGAAAGGUGAUCAUAGAAGGCUUAGAGUAGUCUGCCCGUAACGUUGCGUUCCUUGGAAGCCUCCAGCCGUUGCGACUCGUUCUGCUUUUUUUGUUCCCCCACCAAAAAACCCUGGAUGGUAUUGUGGGAUUUCAGACCUGUUGCGUGGGAAGCUGUGGACGAAUUCAGAUUGUCCUGCAUGCUGAUCACCUGUGGAUUUAUGGCGGGGGCUGGGCGCACUUUUGAGCACUGCCACGCACAACAUCCUUCCCGUUGAAAGAGGACUGGGCCCUGCCCGAAGCCUGGCCCCGAGCCCUCAGUCUUCACCAUUCAGAGACCCCGUGGAUGGCCGUUCGGGUCAACGGAAAGCUUCCACCGGCAGUCACUCUACCCUGAGCUGCCCCGGGCCCUUCUCCUUGCCCCCAAAUAUUUUACAUAUCCAGAUGGGGUAACCUGAAAGCCCAAGAGAUACACCGGCGUGUUCGCUGAAUGCAGAGGCCUUUGUGAGGAGGAGAAGAGAACUAAGAAGGAAAGCUACAGAAGGAAAGACGGGAGGACGACUACUUAAAAUUGCACACUCUACGGAUAUUUUUUUUUUUCAGAGGAAAACAAAAAAAACAAAAGUAUUACUACUCGGCCUCAAGCACAGGGUUCCUUUUUUUCCUAAAUUGGAGGAUUUAGAGAAUCCGACGUUACUAGCACAACGGUUGUGUUGAUUGAGCAGGAACAGAGUCCGGUCAGGCUCUCGUCCCUUAGUUCUGUUUUUUGGGCUUUGCAAUUCGUUUUUUCUCGGGAGGUGGUUCGGUUUUUGUGACCCGCCGACCCGCCUCCGGUCCACCUCGGUUGGUCUCCAGCAUGGCGCGCAUGAACAGGCCCGCCCCGGUGGAAGUGUGCUACAAGAAUAUGAGAUUCCUGAUCACCCACAACCCAACCAACGCCACCCUGAACACUUUCAUUGAGGACCUGAAGAAAUACGGCGCAACCACCGUUGUGAGGGUGUGUGAAGUGACCUACGACAAGACGCCCCUGGAAAAGGAUGGCAUUAAAGUGAUGGACUGGCCGUUUGAUGAUGGAGCUCCACCACCCAACAAAAUUGUGGACGACUGGCUCAACCUGCUGAAGACCAAAUUCUGCGAAGAUCCCGGCUGCUGCGUCGCUGUCCAUUGUGUGGCUGGCCUGGGACGGGCUCCCGUUCUGGUCGCACUCGCCCUGAUUGAGAGCGGAAUGAAAUAUGAAGACGCCAUCCAGUUCAUUAGACAGAAACGCCGAGGCGCCAUCAACAGCAAGCAGCUGACCUAUCUGGAGAAAUACCGGCCGAAGCAGCGCCUGCGUUUCAAGGAUCCCCAGAACCACAAGAAUAAAUGCUGCAUCAUGUAACCUCCGUGGUGGUGUGCCCCCUUAGCUGGAUCCCACCCGUGGGGGAAGACGAACCUCGCCCCACACAAAAAAACGCACAGGGCUUGACUUCUGAAGUUUGCGGAGGACAUUUUUAUCACAACUUUUCCCCCCUCCCUUUUUUUUCUUAAUUGUCCCAAGCAAGGAAAACUGGGAGUUGCCCCCCCCCCUUUGUUGGUUUCAAAGGCUUGAAAUGACGGCGGUUCACCCCAC